GAUUGCAGCAAGACUUUUAGCCGUCGCUCCGACCUUGCCCGCCACAAGCGCAUCCACACGGGCGAGCGACCCUACCCUUGCGAUUUCCCCGGCUGUGGAAAGAGCUUCAUCCAGCGCUCCGCCUUGACGGUCCACUCUCGUGUCCAUUCGGGCGAGCGUCCCCACCAGUGCGAGUUCGCCGGGUGUGGAAAAAGUUUCAGCGACUCCUCGUCGUUGGCACGUCAUCGGAGGACUCAUUCUGGACGGCGGCCAUAUGUCUGCGGCCACCCACGGUGUGGGAAGAUGUUU